AUGGCCGUCGUUGAAGCUAAUCCAUUCUCUCCCAUUUAUUCUCGGCCUCAGAAGCAGAUGGCUACUAAGAAUCAAGCAAAUGAGGAGGAUAAGAUAUUGGCCAUAUACAAGAAUCUCGAUAUGUCAGAAGAGUCAUGCGUUGCAAGAGAAUACGACGUAGUCUAUGGUACCGGGGCAACCUCUAAACUUUUGAAAAGCAGUGUCUCAGAGAGUUGCAUCCUGCAAAACGUUAUGCACGCUGAUCCUAUAAAAAUUGGCACAGGAAAAAGAAAUAUGGAAGAAAGGAAAAGAAUUUCCGAUAACCUAAGCGCAAUCGAUUCUCAACUGCAUAAUUCCACAACAAGUUCAGCAUGUAGCGAAGAGCUCAAUCAAUUUGGAUAUAGGAGUUACAAACAGGAAAGGAGGGAAGAAAAUUGCGAAUCACCAUGUCUAGCUAUUUCUCACCUUUCCUACUCCGUAGAUCAAAGAAAAAGUUGGGAACGCCUUAUGCUUCGAAUGCCUAAGCGCCAGUUUCUGAUCCGUGAUGUGUCAUUUCAGCUCUGGGCAGGAGAUAUAAUGGCGGUAUUGUCAGCAUCAGCAUAUGUGACGAAGGAGGAACUUUCGCAACCUUUAACAGUAAUUCAGUAUCUGACCAUCCAUGCAGCAAUCCAUCCUCCCGCCACUAAACAUCUCAGGAUCAAAGAAAUGAUUGAACAGCUACUUACCACUCUGGGCUUGGCUCCGCGUCGUCAUAAGCUUUGUUCAACUUUGAGCAGGUCUGAAGCAACUCGGCUGAGAAUUGCUGCCCAACUUCUCAAAGACACAGAUAUUCUUGUUUGUGACAAUCUUACAAAAGACAUGGACGUCUACGAGACUGCGUUUAUCAUCGACUAUCUUCGUGACUGGGCAAUAAAAUUGAACCGAAUGGUUAUAAUGUGCAUCGCACCUACUUCAUUCGAUCUGCUUCUGAUGUUCUCUAAGUGUAUUCUUCUAACAUCUGGCAGAGUUGUGUAUUCCGACUGCCCUUCAAAAAUGCUCAACUACUUUGAGUCCAUCGGAUAUGCAUGCCCGGCAUACAAGAAUCCGUGCGACUACUACGUGGAUGUGGUUACACAUGACCACCUUUCGCAAGCCGCUUCUGAAGAAUCAUUGGCACGCAUAUGCAAACUGGUACAGCUUUGGGAGCAGAACAAAUCAUGUUCACCGCGUUCGACAAACUCAGAUCUACCAGUAAAUGCCAGUCUCUGCAGACCUUCGGUGCUAAAAACACUGAUAGCGCUUUACAGGCAAAGCUACUAUAAGUUCAUCAAUGCUCCAAUUCUGUCGUUAUGGGAACCCUUCACAGCGUUGAUCGUGUCACUCAUUAUCAGCUUUUCUUUCAAUUCGCUCACUAAAGAAAAACGAGUGGGAGCAAGCGAUAGAGUCGGCUUCACUGUAGCGGUCCUGUAUUUUGGACUGAUUCCAUGGAUAUACGCUGUUAUACAGAAGGUUGCUUACGAGAAGCAAGACAUUCGAAACUUCCUCAGAGAAACACAGUUAUCUACAAUAAUAUUCCUUAUAUACAAGCUUUUUUGUGACUUUCCGACCAUAAUGCUGACCUCGACUUUGUAUACCGUCCCAUUUCUUUUGCUGAUAGAAUUCAAUAUGUCCAACACACAGCAGUGUCUUUGGAUGGCCUCAUUGCUCUGCAUUAUUUUCACCCAUCUCUAUUUAUGGCGCUUUAUCACACAGGCAUUUUCGUUUUUAUUCGACAGUGCUACGGUGGCUUUUGUCACAACAGGUAGUAUUGCAUGCUCGUAA